AUGAGUUCGGGAAGCAAUAGUGAUAAGGAGAAGGAGAAGCAGAGGGUGAGUCGCACGUCGUUGAUACUGUGGCACGCUCACCAAAACGACGCCGCAGCGGUGCGGAAGCUCCUGCAGGAGGAUCCUUCGCUCGUUACGGCCAGGGACUACGACAACCGCACCCCUCUCCACGUUGCAUCCCUCCACGGCUGGAUCGACGUUGCCACAUGUUUGAUCGAGUUCGGCGCCGAUGUCAACGCGCAAGAUCGUUGGAAGAACACCCCUCUGGCGGAUGCGGAAGGAGCUAAAAAGACUAACGUGAUCGAGCUUUUGCAAUCUCAUGGAGGCUUGUCUUAUGGGCAAACUGGAAGCCAUUUUGAACCGAAGCCUGUUCCGCCGCCGUUGCCGAAUAAGUGUGACUGGGAAAUCGAACCUACCGAGCUUGACUUCUCCAACUCCGCCCGAAUCGGAAAGGGGUCUUUUGGUGAAAUUUUAAAAGCCCAUUGGCGUGGAACACCAGUUGCUGUUAAACGUAUUCUGCCAUCUCUUUCAGAAGAUAGAUUGGUGAUUCAUGUCAGUCAGGACUUCAGGCAUGAGGUCAAUUUGUUAGUCAAGCUUCGACACCCCAAUAUAGUUCAGUUUCUUGGAGCUGUUACAGACAGGAAACCCCUCAUGCUAAUUACUGAGUAUCUAAGAGGGGGUGAUCUUCAUCAGUACCUCAAAGAAAAAGGUGCACUUAGUCCAGCAACCGCUAUCAACUUUUCCAUGGAUAUUGUGAGAGGAAUGGCCUAUCUUCACAAUGAACCAAAUGUUAUAAUUCAUCGAGACCUAAAGCCAAGGAAUGUUCUUUUAGUCAAUUCUAGUGCCGACCAUUUAAAAGUUGGGGAUUUUGGAUUGAGUAAGCUUAUCACUGUCCAGAGUUCUCAUGAUGUAUACAAGAUGACCGGUGAAACGGGGAGUUACCGCUACAUGGCUCCUGAAGUAUUCAAACAUCGGAGAUAUGAUAAAAAGGUUGAUGUGUACUCCUUUGCAAUGAUUUUGUAUGAGAUGCUUGAAGGUGAACCACCUUUUGCAAAUCUCGAGCCUUAUGAUGGAGCAAAACGCGCUGCUGAGGGACUAAGGCCUCAAUUUCGGUCAAAGGGUUAUAUUAAUGAAUUGCAAGAUUUAACGGAGCAGUGUUGGGCCCAUGACGUGAAUCAGAGACCAUCCUUCAUAGAGAUCCUUAAACGUCUUGAAAAGAUCAAGGAGAAUUUACCUUCAGAUCAUCACUGGCAUUUGUUUGCAUCAUAA